CCUUGCUGCUUUGUUUUGCUCACUCAUUCAUUCAUUUGUCCUUUCUUCAUUUAUUCAUAAACAUUUAGUCUCACCUACUGAAUGGAUGGGGCUCAUGCUAGACAGCAAGGCUCUUUGAGGUGGGGCUAUGCCUCACCGCUCUCCUGUCUACACUCUGUGUAGCAAGGGAGGUGAUGCUCAUUUCCAUCCCUCCUCAGAGAGAUGAUAGUCAGUGGUGAGGCUGAGGCCCCUUUCAGCUGCUAUUUCUGUGGACGGGCUGAACUCUGCUGCUCACCAGGCUCUUGGGGUUAGGGGUGAGCAAGGGAAUGGAAGGAGGAGGUUGGUCCAGUGUGGGCAUAAGUUCUUCUCAGGAACACAGCCAUCCAUCCCUCAAGUUCUCAAGGACAUGGACACAGUCCUUCCUCCAGCACCCACCGCCGGGGUGUAGAAGAAUGCAGACUGUCCUGGAAAUCUGGACUUCUGUGUUCUCAUUGCAGCUUUGUUGCCUGACUUUCUGUAAGCUGCCUUCCCUCCCUGGGCCUCAGUUUCCCUCCCUGCUGAACCAGAUGAUCUCUAAGGCCCCCCUCCAGCUCUAACCUGCAAGCCUGUCUCUUCACCCCAACUCCUUCCCCAGUUCAGAGAACCCGGGCAUCCAGCUGCCCCACCCCAGCUCUGGGUAAACAGGAAGCUGGGUGAGGGGAGCAGGGGUGUGCGGAAAGUCCCAGCCAGGUGUGUGGGUCUAUGGGGAGGGGGUGGCCCCACCCCUGAGGUAUGAAAGCCCCCCUGCCCUGGCCCUGGCUCAGUCUCCAUGGGGGCACUGGGGCUAGAGGGCCGGGGUAGGAGGCCCCAGGGGAAGGGCUGCCUCCUGCUGGCUGUGGCAGGAGCCACCUCCCUGGUGACCCUGCUGCUGGCUGUGCCUAUCACUGUCCUGGCUGUGCUGGCCUUGGUGCCCCAAGAGCAGGGAGGACAGGGACACAGGUGCUGCCAGAGGAAGAGGCAGGAACAGAUUUCAGCUCCAGGCUCCCAGCUGCCCACCUCAUAGGUGCUUGGACGAAGGGGCAGGGGCUAGGCUGGGAGGCCAAGAAAGAAGAGGCGUUUUUGAGGAGCGGGACGCAGUUCUCCGGCGCCGAGGGACUGGCGCUCCCACAGGACGGCCUCUAUUACCUCUACUGUCACGUCGGC